GGAGGACAAGGAUACAGCACCAACGGGCAAGGCAACAAAAUCCAGCAAGAACCCCGAGCGCCGACUCCAUUCAAUCCAAGAGAAAAGCGAGACCCUCUUUAGAUUCUUCUUCUUCUUCUUCCUCCUUGCCACUUCCUGUUGUUGUUGUUGUUGUUGUUCUUCUUCUUCUUCUUCUUCUCUGUGACAUCACGGGGCGUAAGAUAAGACCUUCUGGAAGACCGCAGAAGUUUCCUUUGACUUCAUCAAAGGGAAGGGGAAGAGCAGAAAGGCAAUUAAAAAAAAUAUAUAUAAAGAAGAGAGCCCACUUUCUACUCUGCAUAUUCGACUCGAGGAGGAGGAGGAGGAGGUCCGAAAUCAUGGGGCUUCCGUGCGACGACGUGGUGAUCAUUAGGCAGUCCGAGCGGGAAGGAGAGCCGACCAUGAUCACCAUUAAUUGCCCUGACAAAACUGGGUUGGGCUGCGAUCUGUGUCGCAUCAUUCUCUUCUUCGGGUUGAGCAUAGUCCGUGGAGAUGUGUCGACGGAUGGAAAAUGGUGCUAUAUACUGUUUUGGGUCAUCGGCAAUCCGAACACGAGGUGGAGCUUACUGAAAAAGAGACUAGUUGGGGCAUGCCCCUCUUGUUCUUCAGCUUCCAGCAUUUGGUUUUACCAUCCUGAGCUGCAGCCAUCGAGGCCUCCUGACGUCUUUCUCUUGAAGUUAGGUUGUUGUGAUCGAAGAGGACUUCUGUACGAUGUGACGGCGGUGCUUUGUGAGCUUGAGCUUAUAAUCAAGAGAGUUAAGGUGUCCACGACACCUAAUGGGAAAGUGAUGGACCUCUUUUUCAUCACUGACACCAGAGAACUUUUGCACACAAAGAAGAGGCAGGAUGACGUAAACAAUUCUUUGAAAACAGCGAUAGGGGAGGCCGUGAUCAGUUGUGCCAUAGAAAUGGUUGUUCCUGAAAUAACAGAGUGUUCACAGGCCGCUUCAUUUCUUCCAUCUGCAAUAACGGAAGACAUUUCCCAUGAGGAAAUGCCUACUAAUCAGCCAAACCGGUCGUUGACCUCCCAGAGCGUUUCCAUCAAGAUGGACAACCUGCUAAGCCCUGCUCACACGCUUGUCCAAAUAAGUUGCCAAGAUCACAAAGGACUUCUGUAUGACAUAAUGAGAACUCUGAAGGACUACAAUAUUCAGAUUUCUUAUGGACGCUUCUUCACAAAGCAAAGAAGGAACUGCGAAAUUGAUCUCUUCAUAAUGCAAGCGGAUGGGAAGAAGAUGGUUGCCCCAAGCAAGCAGCAAGCGUUGUCCUCCCGUCUGGAGAUGGAACUCCUUCGGCCUCUCAGAGUAGCCAUUGUAAGUCGUGGUCCUGACCUGGAGUUGCUGGUUGCGAAUCCUGUGGAGUUAUCUGGAAAAGGCCGGCCCCUUGUCUUUCAUGACAUAACCCUUGCUCUCAAGAUGCUCAAUGUCGGCAUAUUUUCGGCUGAGAUUGGGAGGCACAUGAUUGGAGAUCGGGAAUGGGAAGUCUACAGAGUCCUCCUUGAUGAAGGCGAAGGCUUGUCUAUUGCGAGGGAGAAAAUCGAGGAGGAAGUGUGGAAAAUGUUGAUGGGUUGGGAGUGAAAACUGAUAUCUAAUAACAUUGACCACACAUACUUUGCCGAUGUGAAUUAGGCGAUAACUGAGCUAUCCAACCACUUCACUCUCAGCUUCCUGAAGACUAACUUUGCUUCUGCGGAUGGAGAUGUUUAUAGCAAAUGGGAUGGGGCAUGAAAUCAAGCUCUCAGCUCUUAGAAUACACGCCGGAGAAGCACAGUGAGGUGCCGAUAGUCAUGUUGUAGAAGUGCGUAUGCUUCGUGAGCAACGGGCUGUUAUGGCGCACUCUUGGAAUGCAGAUGAUUUCUUGUGCAGUCCUGUUUCAGAGUUGUAAGUAGCAUCUAGUUGUGUAUAGAGUUC